AUGUUAGAGUCUUUGAAAUUAGAUAUUAAUAACUAUAGAGGCCAGUCUUGCAACAAUGCCAGAUUACAAAAGAAUUCUCCCUUAAAACCACGCAUGGACAAAUUCAUACGACGAGUAAUAGAAGCAGGUUUUAUCAAAAAGUGGAUGGACGACGUUAUGCAAAAAGUACUUACAUCAGAAAUCCAAAUAGAAGACACUGGUACCACCAAAGCAAUAAUGAACUUAAAGAAAUUCUCUGGAGCUUUGGUAGCUUUAAUUAUCGGCUACAUUAUAGGAAUUAUUACCUUAAUUGUAGAAAACUGCUACUUUUAUCUUAGAGUUGCAAAGAAUCCACAAUUUAAUAAAUAUUCUAGGCAAAUUGUUGUCAAAAAAUCCAAAUAG